AGUUAAAACACACAUAUUUGGUUACAAUGUAUAAUCAAGGUGAAACAAAUGCCUAUGAAUAUUCAAGCUCUACAAAUGAAACGACACUCUUAGCCUGGAGAUAAUUUACAUUUCCACUAAAAACUGAUUAACCGUUCAUGCUGUUGCAUAUUACAUGGACUUAAACACUUAAGCACUUACACAAGGCUUGGAAAUCAAAAAGAGCAUUGGUUCCAGAGCAAACCUGUUGGUAUGUUGAAUGAAAGAUGUGCUCGGAAAGCGCUUCCACCAGAGGUGGAGGAGAGGGGACACUGGGCGAGUAAGGUGGAGUUUCUCCUGGCCGUGGCAGGAAAUGUUGUCGGCCUCGGCAACGUGUGGAGGUUUCCUUACCUCUGCUACAAAAACGGAGGGGGUGCAUUCUUGGUGCCAUAUCUGGUUUUUGUGGUGACCUGUGGUGUUCCCCUGUUCCUGCUGGAAACAACCAUCGGCCAGUACUCCCAGGAGGGGGGCGUCACCUGCUGGAGGAAGCUGUGCCCACUAGCAGAAGGUAUAGGCUUUGGAGGGCAGCUGAUCCUGCUCUACAGCUGCAUGACUUACAUCAUUAUUCUGUCCUGGGCUUUGCUCUACCUCGUGUUCUCCUUCAGCUCCCAGCUCCCAUGGGCCAGCUGCAACAACUACUGGAACACCGAGGACUGUGUGGACUUUUCAACAAACAGCACCUUCCAGUGGAUCAAUGGAACAAAUUCAACCUCAGCGGCCACAGAAUUCUGGGAACGGCGUGUCCUAGCAAUCUCAGGGGGGAUUGAGGAGCUAGGCAGCAUCAGGUGGGAGAUACUAUUGUGCUUGAUUGGAAUGUGGAUCAUCUGCUACUUUUGCAUCUGGAAAGGAGUCAAGUCCACAGGAAAGGUGGUGUACUUUACUGCCACCUUUCCAUACGUCAUGCUGGUAAUUCUUUUGAUUCGAGGACUGUCUCUUCCCGGUGCUCUUGAAGGAGUCGUUUUUUAUCUUCUGCCUGAUCCGUCACGACUGACUGACCCUCAGGUGUGGAUGGAGGCCGGAGCACAAAUCUUCUUCUCCUACAGUGUUGGUGUGGGCUCUCUAAUUGUGCUGGGCAGCUACAACAAACCAAACAACAACUGCUACAGGGACAGCCUAUGGCUGUGUUUCCUGAACAGUGGUACCAGUGUCGUAGCUGGGUUUGCAGUGUUCUCUGUGCUGGGAUUCAUGGCUCACGAGCAAGGCAUUCCCAUUGCAGAGGUGGCAGAGUCAGGUCCAGGCCUGGCAUUCAUCGCAUACCCCCAGGCAGUGGCCAUGAUGCCUCUGCCCCAGCUUUGGUCCAUCUUCUUCUUUGUCAUGCUCAUCCUCUUGGGUCUGGACACACAAUUUGUUGUCAUGGAGGUGAUAAUGACGUCCAUCAUGGACAUGUUUCCCAGAGUUAUGCGACGGAGAGGACGUCGGGAGAUCUUCCUCCUCCUGUUCUGUCUAAUAUGCUUCUUCUCCCAACUCGUCAUGAUCACAGAAGGAGGGAUGUUUGUGUUCCAGCUGUUUGACUACUAUGCAUGUAAUGGAGCCUGCAUCCUCUUCCUCUGUGUGUUUGAAACUCUGUCAAUGGGAUGGGUGUUUGGAGCAGAUCGGUUGUACGGCAUCAUAAAGGACAUGACAGGGGUGCACGCCAAUCCAUUCUUCAAAAUCUGCUGGCUUUACCUCACACCACUGGUCUCACUGGGAUCUUUCGUAUGUUCUUUAGUCCAGUACCAGCCUCUGACCUUUAAUCGCUGGUACACGUACCCGUCCUGGGCUUACGUGUUGGGCUGGGUACUGGCUCUCUCCUCCAUCCUGCUUGUACCAGGAUGGGCAUUUUACAAGCUGGCUACUGGGAGUGGCACACCCAGGCAGCGCCUCCAGUACUUGUGCAAGCCUGCUCUUGAUGACUCACCAACCCAAACGAGAGGAACCGAGCUACAAAACAUGGUUAUUGAAUUGCUGCAGCCAUUCAAGACCAACUGACAGCAGAUGUACAGACUGGUGCAACUGGAACUCUGUUUAGUAUUCAGCCCAAAACUAAGAAACUUCAUGAUCAGUGGAUGAGGAAAAGGUUAUCAAGGUCCCAGCAUCCUGUCAAUGAGAUUUACCAAGCUUACGAAGAACAUUCCUUUCAGAUUAUAUUCAUCUCCUGUGGUUUCUUUAUGUAAAGAUUAACAAAUUCCCUGGAUUGUAUUUUUGUUUAUCUUGUUCAGUUAUUAUUUUCCCUAUUGUGACCCAGAAACAUGGCUUGGGAAAUGAUAACCUGCUUCUGUUGACACACAUAUUGGCACUCAAUAUUUGCCCUCUUAAAGAGAUACUUCAGGUUUUCUGAGCAAAUAUUCAGUUAAAGGUUGUGAGCAGUUCAUUUCUUACUAGCAUUAGAUAACUAACUCCUUCGAUCUUUAUUUAGCAGACAAUAAAGUGAAUUCUUAAAGCUAACCUGAAGCUAGCUAGCUCAAGAGAACCCAACCAAUCCAGUUCUAACAUCCCAAAAACAUCAGAUGUUUAUGUGAAUUAUGUUUUGUGAACCUUUAAAUUAUCCUUACUUUUGCGUUGGGUGGGUAUUUAAACAGAAGCUGAUGGUAAUUUACCCUGAAAAUGGAAGUAGGAGGCAGUGCAGUAUCAAGUCUUCCUGUGUUAAACACACACAAAGAAUAGAACAUGUAAUGGGUUCCUGGUAACUGUAAAAAAAACGAAAAGUGUAACAGUGGUUUAAGUGAAUUAAAUUAUAUUGAUUUUCACAAUGCCUUGCAGAGAACAGAACCAUUUUACAUGUUCUGUUUUCAGUACAUGUUCCCCACAGGAGACUCACCAGUGGUGCACUGCCCCCAACCUCUAUUUCCUGUGCUAAUAAAUGAGCAGGUUCUGUGUAAAUAAUCCUCCAAUACAAACAUCACCUGUUUUUAAGUUCAUAAAGACAGUGAAAGUACGCUUUAGUCUUCUCACAAACUGUUAGCUUCAGCCUCCAAACCUCAUACCUUUUAACAGAACCCCAGGUUUCAAAUUCUUUGACUCUAAUGAUUUAAGAAAAUGGACAAUAAGAAAAACAAUUUGGAUUCAUAAGAGAAUUUGUGUCUUUUCAAAAUAACCAGAAUUGGCAGGAAAUUACAUUUACACUUGAAUAACAGGCAAGCAGUAUUUUUAUCUACCAAAAAAUAAUAUUUAUAUGUGAGUGACUUCUUAGGGCCUAUCCAGUUUUCUUUUCAGAAAUACAGGAAGGAAAGUGUAAUGUCAAGACAUCUACACGAGUAAAUAUGAGAAAAGCUAAUUUAGUAAUACUACACUAGAAAUAUACAGAUAUACAAACAUGAGACUCGUUUCUUUCCAUAUACUGCUUUAUUUAAAUAGUUGGAAGUUCUGAAAAUUUAUCUGUAAAUCACUUGAAAUAUAAGAAAUGUGACUCUGGCUGUCA